CUACCCACUCGGAGUGGACACCAGCUGAGAGACCGAGACACGCGCGCACCUCCAGGCAGCAGAGCGAGAUGGGCAAAAUCUACGAGCUCUUUCUCUCAAAGGACGGAAACCUCAUCCAAGCAGCAACGGAGGAAACCGACAAAGGUAUUUGCAAGAGGAGCGGCCCCACGCGCUCUUGAGCAGCCGGGUGAGUUAUGCGCCAGUGCCCAAGUGACAGCGGGAAAGAGAGGCGGGAGGGGAGUCUGAGUUAUAGAGUGGGAACCUGGAGACUCCGAACUUGGCCCGAGAGCCCUUAUACGCCAACUUCUCUCCUGAGAAGCUGCACUCCUCAACUCCGCUCCAAAACAGAGGCUGAGCUCUACUCCUGCGCCCUUCCCUUACGUCUUGUUCCCCAGAAGCACCUGCGCAUUCAAGUGGCUGCUGCAGCCGCGGUAACCACCAUGAAUAAGGCCACUGGAGGGGACAAGCUCGCAGAACUCUUCAAUGUGAUCCCAGACCUUCUGGAAGUGUCCAACACGAGUGGCAACGCGUCGCUGCAGCUUCAGGACUUAUGGUGGGAGCUGGGGCUGGAGUUGCCGGACGGCGCGGCUCCGGGGCACACCCCAGGCGGCAGCGGCGGGGCAGCCAGCGCUGACACCGAGGCCUGGGUGCGGAUCCUCAUCAGCGUAGUGUACUGGGUGGUUUGCGCUCUGGGCUUGGCCGGCAACCUGCUGGUGCUCUAUCUGAUGAAGAGCAAGCAGGGCUGGCGCAAGUCCUCCAUCAACCUCUUCGUCACCAACCUGGCGCUGACGGACUUUCAGUUCGUGCUCACCCUGCCCUUCUGGGCAGUGGAGAACGCGCUUGACUUCAAAUGGCCCUUUGGCAAGGCCAUGUGUAAGAUCGUGUCCAUCGUGACGUCCAUGAACAUGUACGCCAGCGUCUUCUUCCUCACUGCUAUGAGUGUGGCGCGCUACCACUCGGUGGCCUCGGCUCUUAAGAGCCACUGGACCCAAGGACACGGCCGGGGGGAAUGCUGCUGCCAUAGGCUGCGGGACAGCUGCUGCUUCUCCGCCAAGGCGCUGUGCGUGUUGAUCUGGGCUUCGGCCACGCUGGCCUCGCUGCCCAAUGCCAUUUUCUCCACCACGGUCAAGGUGAUGGGCGAGGAGCUGUGCCUGGUGCGCUUCCCGGACAAGUUGCUGGGCCACGACAGGCAGUUCUGGCUGGGCCUCUACCACUCGCAGAAAGUGCUGCUAGGCUUCGUGCUGCCGCUGGGCAUCAUUAGCCUGUGCUACCUGCUGUUGGUGCGCUUCAUCUCCGACCGCCGCGUGGUGGGGACCGAAAGAGGGGCCGCUGCAGCCGGGGGAGGCCUGGCCGGAGCCAGCGCCCGCAGACGGUCCAAGGUCACUAAAUCAGUGACCAUCGUGGUCCUAUCCUUCUUCCUGUGUUGGCUGCCCAACCAGGCGCUCACCACCUGGAGCAUCCUCAUCAAGUUCAACGCAGUGCCCUUCAGCCAGGAGUAUUUCCUGUGCCAGGUGUACGCGUUCCCCAUGAGCGUGUGCCUGGCGCACUCCAACAGCUGCCUCAACCCCAUCCUCUACUGCCUCGUGCGCCGCGAGUUCCGCAAGGCGCUCAAGAGCCUGCUGUGGCGCAUCGCGUCCCCUUCGCUCACCAGCAUGCGUCCCUUCACCGCCACUACCAAGCCAGAGCCCGAGGACCUGGGGCUGCAGGCGCUGGCGCCGCUCCACGCCACCGCCGAGCCAGACCUGCUCUACUACCCGCCUGGAGUGGUGGUCUACAGUGGGGGCCGCUACGACCUGUUGCCCAGCAGCUCUGCGUACUGACCCGGGCCGAGGCCGAGGGCGCGCUGUCGGGGCAAGGUGGCCUUCCCCUGGCGGGGAAAGAGGCGAACGGACUAGGGGACGCUGCCCCCUCCUACCCCCAAGCAAAAAGUAGGUGGGACGAGGAUGGGGAGAAACGUGGAGAAGCAGCCUGUGCACAGGCCGGAGGACCUUCCCCGGAGAGGGAGUGCUGCGAAAUCAGGUGAAGAGAGAAAGGGGUCAAAGGGGCGGGGAUCAGCCCCACAGGGCCCGGCCGCCAGCCUUCGCUCCCCACCCCCAGCCUCUCCUUCCUCUCCUUCCUCCCCCACGGUGUGGGGGCACGCGAAGGGGAAGAGAAUCAUCGGGAACUAGAGAGAUUAGGGCACAAGGGAGUGGAAUGUAGCCAAAGGAUGUGUAGACAAUUGAGGGCAUUUGUUCCAGCGACUUCUAUGAAGCGCUUGAAAGGGCGCUCGAGGUGCAUCCAGCCAGGGAGCCGCCCACACAACCUUUCCUUUGCGCGUGGCGGGUGCGCUGCACCAGCGCCAGGGUCUGACUUGCCGCGUGGCUGCUUCGGGGGCCUAGAGCUUGGAGGCAAGAAACCUUUUCGGUGUUGGAAGAUAGGAGUGACCAUCUUGGUCGUCCCCUGGGAGAAAUAGCGAAGGAGAGGCACCUCCCAUGGAGCCACCGCAUCUUUUAUCAACUCGGACUGGGUGAGCGGGAACUGGCUGAGCCGGACCAAGACUCUGCACGGCCUCUCUGGGCUCAGAAGUCAGCCGGGGGAAAUACCAGUCACCAGCGUGGGAGAGCGAUUCUCUGGACAGUGGCGUUGCUGAGGGAGGGAGCGGGUGCGGUGUGCUUAGAGGGGCUGAAAAGAGAAACCACUUCAGGCUGCUGCCCCUAAAGGGGAAAGGGGGCUCACGUGCUCACCGGGUAACAGAGCUGGAAGCCUGGGGGCUCCAGUUCUCCUGAGAGCGCCUGCGGUCCUGGAGGUACUGCGUGCUCUAGUCUGCGGCUGCAGGUGAGCUGGGCCCAGGAGCAUCUUGAAAGCCCCACUGGGAGGAGGGGCAUUUUUGCAGCUCCUCCUCCCUUUCCCCUUUGCUAAUCGAAAUCCCCCCUUUUUAGGCUCUGGACCAGGAAGUAGGGGAAUGACUCCAUUACUUUGGGGGGAAGGGGGGUUCGGGGAGUAGGCUUAGAUAGAAGAGCCAGAAAUGCUACAAGGGGUUCCUGGAAAUCAAAUUCCUAGAAGCUGGAGUCUGAUUUUUCAAGAGGAGGGGUAGAGUGGGAAAGAGAAUAGAAAACUCAAGUAAAAUCUGUCCUAGUGGGAAGAGUACUGGAGACGCUGUUCUGAGGGUAUCACCAGAACUUCAGGUGUGGGGGUCUUAAUUGCUCAUAUUAUUGACAAGAGAAGGUAAGAGAUAAGAAUUCUCGUUGGACACUGCCUUCACAAGGUUCAUUUAUUCUAAAGAGUGCUUUGCACAUUGAGCAAGCAUGAUGAAUUCUUCCCUAACCUCCAGUCUAUGGGCUGUUUCUAAAGAGAGAUUCAUAUUUCUCAUGACUACUCUGGUCGGGUUGCAACAGUUUAAGAUGUUAAAACCCUCACAAAGUCCUUUCUUGAGGCUGUUCUGAGAACUAGGAUCAAACAUCUGGCCAUCUGCCAGCUUUGAUAGAGGUGCUACUGUUCUCUUUGGCAACUUUGGGGUCAAAAAACUGGAAAUGCAGGCACCUACUGGCAUGGUUACUUUAAUACAAUAAAUAAUCACUAGAAAAACAUAUCUGUUUAAGUUGCCUCUUGAACAGUACAACUGUUUAGUAACUUGGUUAAGAAUGUACUGUAGUAUCUGAGAUUUAAGGCUCAACUCCCACAUCUCUUGUCCUGUUUUCUAUAACACGACACAGUGCAAUUACUGAAACUCAUCCCUUCCACAAAAACAAAACAGCCUGAUCUCAAUCCUGAGCAAUCUUGAGAAGUUUAACUAUUUUAGGAAACAGAAUAGUGGUUUUGCCUUGAAAUAGUGAAAUUCAUUUUUCUUUGCCUUUUCCGGAAUAAAACUUAUUGACAUUGAAUAGCAAUUGGGCCUGGAAAGAUUGUAAUGUAAGCCCCACAAGUCCCCAAAGUACAAAAUAAACUAAAAAGUAAACACUGGAAAGAACUAACAGUAAUAUGGCAGCAUAUCCAUAUAUAUCACUGAUAUUAGACUCUUACUGAGAGAUUCUUAUUAAAGCAACUUGCCAUUUUGAUUCUGACAAUACAGUAAUGUGUAGGUAGCUCCAAAUUCUUAGGGAAGUGUGUUGAACUGUGUACUUCUGCUACUACAGGCACUAGAAAAAAGAAGGAGCUGGAGGCAAGGUCUUCAUGAAAAAAAAACAAAAAACAAAAAAAACUCUAUGAAAAGGGUCACCUUGUCCAAAUCCAAAGCUGAGAGCUUCUGAGAACGUGUCAGGAGGGAUCAAAGACCAUGACUGCUGUCUACCACAAGGACAAAAGUAUCAACAAGGAAAUGGUCAAAUCAGUUGAAAUCAGCAGUUACUUUUUGAGUGCCUGUUGUAUGCCAAAGCCUGUGCUGGGUGCUGAGGUUGCAUGCAUGAACCAGACACAGUUCUGACUUCUACGUAUAGACGGACAGACAGCCAUGGUCACAGUACUGUAAGACAGGGAACAGUGAGUAGAGUGACACGGUAAGGCUAAAAGAAAGUACUAUGGGAACACAGAGGAAGGAAAGAUUGGUUCUGCUGGGGAGUCAGAGACUUCCUGCUCAAAAUACAAUUUGAGAUGGGGCUGGAAAUAUGGGCACAAUUUAGGCAGAAUGGAGGCUGGGCUGAGGAGGUAGAGAGGGCAUUUGAAGAUGAGCAAAUGUGGUGACCAAAGGCUUUGAGGUUAGAAUGUCAAAUGCAUGGUUGGGGAAGCAAGAAGCAAAGCCGUGGGAGAAACUCCCUUUCUCCUGGGAGUUCCCAGGAUUUCUAUCUAGAACAGAUGUGUCCCUGCAUUUGUUUUGUUUGUGUGGGAACAGGACUUAUUUUUGCCAGAAAGAACAUGUCAUUGGUAUACUGAAAACAAAUACUUGGGUCCCCAAAGGUGGUUAAAAGCUUUUUAAAUCGGAUUCCAUCCAGUCAUUCAAACCUCUAUGAUAGAGUUGAGUUCAAUAAGUGUUUGCAUAUUUGAAUGGCAUGUGUGUGUUCAUGUGCUUGUGUGUGUGUGAGAGAGAGAACAUGCCUGCUUUAGCCCCCUUCCUCAGCCCUAUAGCCUAUCCAAUGUUCCAUCUAAAAAUAACUUCACUUGUAAUCAAGCCUGUGCCCCUUAGUUGGUCAAGGAGGGCUAUGUUUGAGUCCAUGGGGGUCCAGGUAGGAAGGCCCUCAGCUGUGGGUCACCUUCCCAGCUUGCCCAUCCAUUCAUUUCCGAAUCUUCACACACCGAAAGGGUACUUGGACAAAUGUUGGGGAAAUAAACACUAAACCUCACAGAUGAUUCCAUUUCUAAACCUUGCAGAGGCCAGGCAGGAGAAGCAACAGAGGUGGUUUGGUGCUGUUUCCUUUGUCAUGCUGAGGGCUGUGUGACAUGAGGUCCUCUGAGCUAUGGGUUGGGAGCAGGUGUUUUUCCUGAUCACUCCUCUAAGUCAGCCAUGAACUGUUUCUCCAGGAUGGAUGGAGGAGAGGGGAAAGACUGGGGGAGGUAGGGUGGUUUUGCAUAUGCUCCAUGAGAAGAAUGAGAUGAUUUCAUUUGGGAGUGACUGUGCUAAUAGAUUAGGGGGACUUGACUAGGGGCAGAAAAUGAGAAGUCCCUGUGCAGAGAGGAGGGGAGCAUGGCUUGGAGGUUGAUACGUGAAACGACAGCACACUCAGGCCUGAGAAGACAGCCUAGCCUGCUCUGGAGAGCACCGGGGAUCUGGGGAGAAUGGGGUCAACUGCAGGAGCCUGGGGCACCUAGUGUGCGAUGAGGACGCUGCAUGUCCCGGGUUCCGCUGGUGAUGAGGGUGAGUGGUGUGCAGGAAGAAGUGGCGCUUCAUUUUAAGUCCCCUGCCCUCCACCCUCCCGUCCCCCUCACACACAGAGCAGAAGUGGCCAGAUCCAGAGGGGAGCCGAGAUGCCUGCCCCACUGAGCACCCCGGAGUCACAGGUGUGAUAACCAGGGAGCAGCUAGAGCAGGCUCUUUAAACAAACAGGAGGCAAUCAGGAGAAUUGC